GUUGAUAAUCCCCUUAGCAUUUUAUUUCUGAAAAAAUUCUUAGUGAAAAAAAAGCAGUUUGUUAAGAACGAGACAGUGCUUCUUAUAGACUAAUCAUGUCUCAACGCUUUCCAACACCGAAUGUUACAGCAGGAUCGCCAAUUCCACCUCAACAAAGAUAUGUUGGACCGAAUUUCAAUCAACAGCGUCCUCCAAGCAAUUUUCAGAAUUUCCCACCUAGGAAUUUUACUCCACCUCCACCAAUGCCUGGACCGAAUGCUCAACAAAGACCACUACCAAAUGCAAAUUUCCAGCGACAAAUGCCAUCGACGCCUGGAAAGCGUCCAGAUCGUCCAAUGAAUGCAGGUCCUCAAAAGUCUGACAAUUAUGGACCAGCUAAGAAGAAAAAGAAACUUGCUGACAAAAUUUUACCUCAAAAAGUACGCGAUUUAGUUCCUGAAUCUCAAGCGUAUAUGGAUUUGCUUGCUUUUGAACGUAAAUUGGAUGCUACAAUAAUGAGAAAAAGAUUGGAUAUUCAGGAAGCCCUUAAACGUCCAAUGAAACAAAAGAGAAAACUCAGAAUUUUCAUUUCAAAUACAUUUUAUCCACCCAAGGAGCCAGCAGUAGCAGACAGCGAAAGUGUUGAAGGUUCCAUUGCAUCUUGGGAAUUACGCGUAGAAGGACGUUUGUUGGAGGAUAAUAAGAAUGACCCAAAUAAAAUCAAGAGAAAGUUUUCAAGCUUCUUUAAAUCACUCGUAAUUGAAUUGGAUAAAGAUUUAUAUGGUCCGGAUAAUCAUCUAGUGGAAUGGCAUCGUACGCAUACAACACAAGAAACUGAUGGAUUUCAAGUCAAACGUCCUGGUGACAAAAACGUUCGAUGCACAAUUUUAUUGCUUUUGGAUUAUCAGCCAUUACAAUUUAAAUUGGAUCCAAGACUUGCUCGUUUAUUGGGCGUUCAUACACAAACUCGUCCAGUCAUCAUUUCUGCAUUGUGGCAGUAUAUUAAAACACACAAACUACAAGAUGCUCACGAACGUGAAUAUAUUAUAUGCGAUAAAUAUCUUGAGCAAAUUUUUGGGUGUCCAAAAAUGAAAUUUGCUGAAAUUCCACAACGUUUAAAUCCUUUACUUCAUCCACCAGAUCCGAUUGUCAUCAAUCAUGUCAUUACUGUUGAAGGAGGAACUGAAAAUAAACAGACCGCAUGUUAUGACAUCGAUGUGGAAGUUGAUGAUACUUUGAAGAAUCAAAUGAACAGUUUCUUGUUAAGUACAGCAAGUCAACUUGAAAUUCAAGGACUUGAUACAAAAAUUCAUGAAACUGUCGACACAAUUAAUCAAUUAAAGACUAAUCGAGAAUUCUUCUUAAGCUUUGCAAAAGAUCCACAGACAUUCAUCCAUAAAUGGAUUGUAUCUCAGUCGCGUGACUUGAAAACAAUGACCGAUGUUGUUGGGAAUCCUGAAGAAGAACGUCGAUCUGAAUUCUACUAUCAACCAUGGACGCAGGAAGCUGUUUCACGCUACUUUUUCACAAAAGUCAAUCAAAAGCGAUUGGAACUGGAAAAUGUCUUGACAUACAAUAAGAAUUUGUAAGUUUAUUUGACACGAUAAGAACAUUUCAAUUUUAUGAUUUUAUGACAAAAAUUAUUUUUCAAACCAACUUUUAUUUGUGUAAUGCAUUAAUGUAUCAAAAAAUUAAAUACCUAGCUUGAAUAAAAUUACCGGCAAAAUUUAUUUAAAAGGCGAGGAC